CAAUUUCAUAGUUGAGCUAUCAAAAACUGUGAAUCAUUCAAAUUAUCUAUUGAAAACCUGUGAAUUAUGAUUCUUUUUUGUCAGUGAGACUCUGGUGGUGAAAAAACUAUAUUUCGAAUUUUUCUUAACAAAUGUGACGUAUGGCGGGCCUUUUUGCCGGGAACGACAUCAUGUGCGAGGAAUCGGCGUGUUUGGUGCCUCCCAUGGAGACCUCCCACAACCGGCCAGUCGAGUCACGACGUACGUUACUACAGUUGCCCACGUUUUGCAUGCCAACUUCGUAUACUAGGUCACCCCUAGACCCGCCAGGGGUGGAAAACACCCCCCAGAACGGCGAAGCUCUGAUGGGGUUUCAUGAAGACGCGUUGUCCCAAGCUUCGGUGGGCAAAGCACAAGUGCUGCUAGCUUGCGUACUAGGGCUAGGACUAGCUGCAGACUGCUCGGAAUUGACCAUACUAGCUUACAUUCUACCGGCAGCCGAGCUGCAGCUUUGCAUUGGAGAAGAUAAAAAAGGAUGGCUUGUUUCUAUCACUCUUCUCGCGAUGGCAGCAGGUUCUUUGGCUUGGGGCAUACUGGGUGACCAUCUCGGAAGGCGACGAGCCCUCAUCAGUGCCCUUUCGGUAGCGGCACUAUUCUCGAUGGUCGCUUCCGUGAUGCCAACUUACGGAACUUUCAUGACAGCAAGGUUCUGUUCGGGCUUGGGCGUUUCG